GCCGCGUGCUCCGGAAUUUUCCGCACCACGUUAUUCCGUAGUUUUAUUGAUAAUACACGAUGCAAACUCGUAUUUUCGGUCUAGAACCUCCAUCCGAUGAAGAUCGUGCAAGCCGUUUCUAUCAGCAACUCCAGCUGGCCGAUUGGGCUGCUGCGAUAGGAUCCGGGACAUUCCAGGACGUUCUUGAGAAGGAUGCCAACAAAACUGAGGCCACUGAAAGGGAGCUGCUACAUCUGGCCAUCGCUGCACUGUUGGCUUUUGUGGAAAAGAAUUUUCUCGGACCUCGAUAUACCCCGACCGAUAACGCCCCGAAGAAUGUCGAGCUGCUCCAACAGCUUACGGUGGAUGGUGAAGAGUUGAAUGUGAAUGUGGAGCGACCUGAUUGUUUGCUGGUCUGCAAAAGGAUCUUCCAUGCCCUCAUCGUCGAUAAGCGAAGCACACGGGAUGAGCUUAAUACCCGAGUAUGGUAUCAGCGAUAUCUGCUCACUCACCAGCGUUGUAUCGACGAUCUCGCACACGGACUGUAUGAGCUGUUCAAUGAGAACGCCGUUGUCCUCGAAACAUAUCUAGAGCAAGGAUCUCAUGAAUUGGGCGUGAAGAUCGAGCUCGCUUUGGAGAUCCUGCUCGGGUACGUGCAGUUCAAACGAAUUACAAAAUCGGAAUACUGGGCGACCAAGGUUGAAACGUGGUCGGAUGUGAAGAUAUCCGUGGAAGGAUUGCUGGGUGUACGUACCAAGUUUCAGCAGAAUCCGCUUCCACAACUGACAUUAAGGGCGAAUGGACAUGAUGAACUGGGAUUGCUCGCAGCAUCGCUUACACACGGCCACGUGGUGCUCCCUACGAUUCUUAAGCUCGAUGAUGAGGUGAGGCUGGAUAAGAUUAAAUUUUUGAAUGAAUCCGAGAACGAAGAUGUCCAGCUACCUGCUCUGAUACAAAAUAUCGUGUUGGCUAAAUUGAAGUUUCUUUACGUUUCCCAACCGAAAGAGCAACUGACGAUGGAAGAACUGAAUGCGUAUAUAACGGCCCUAGUCUAUCAGUGCCACGGUCCGUGGGCAACACGUGUAGCCGUCCUGUACCUUAAUGCUGCGAACGAGUGCACCCAUAAACGAACUGUCGAUCGAUCGUUGAGACAGCUGGAAGAGCUCGUUCAGCUGAUCGAUGGCAAUGGAAGCGACAAAACACUAGCGAUCAGUGCUGUCGAUCGUCUCUCCAUGGCGUUCAGUUCCUGGCUGAUACCCUACUGGGAGAUGAAGGUGAAGCUAGCCGAUGUGAUGGUCUCGCUGGGCAUGAUUAAAGGUGCUCUCGAUGUGUACCUCAGCGUCGAAAGCUGGGAAAAUGUUAUCGACUGUUACACGGUUUUGGAACUGCGUCACAAAGCGGCUACCAUCAUCAAGCAGCUGAUGGAACAGCACGGUCCAUCAGUUCGGCUCUACUGUAUGCUCGGCGAUGCAACGGAUGACGUCGAGUGCUAUCGGGCCGCUUGGGAACUGUCCGGUGAGACGAGUGCCCGGGCACAACGUCACUGGGGAAACUACUAUUUUGCCCGUAAGGACUAUGCAACGGCGAUCAAACACUUGCGACAAUCGAUCGAGAUCAACAGCUUGCAAGAACCGACCCUGCUGCGUCUAGGAUACGCGGCAUUGCAGCUGGAAAACUGGGAAGAGGCAGCACAUGCCUACCGUCUCUAUACCUCCCUCGAGAGCCAUGGAUUUGAGUCGUGGAACAAUCUGGCCAAAGCGUACAUUAAGCUGGGAGAAAAGAACAGGGCACAUAAAAUUCUUCAGGAGGCACUCAAGUGUAACUACAACAAUUGGAUGGUUUGGGAGAACUAUCUGCUGGUGAGCGUUGAUACGCGCAAUUAUGAAGAUGCACUGAAUGCGUACGAGCGGUUGAUGGAGUUGAAGGACAAGUACUAUGAUCAGCAGGUUCUGGAUCUGAUAGUCCGUGCUAUUGUCACCGGAGAGAACGAGGCGGAUGGUCAACCGUGCAGUCGGUUACGGAAGAAAGCGAUCAAGCUCCUCGGGCAUGCCUGUGCUCAGCGCACCAACAACGGGUAUCUGUAUGCGCUGGCUGCCGAGUUGGAGGAUACGGAUCUGUUGAAGCGUUGCCAGAAGCUACAGAACGCGUACCGCGGUUAUACUCAAUCGAACAGUCAAUGGUCGAAGGCCGCCGAAAGCUGCCUCACCAUCGUCACUCUUUGUGUGGAUCUUUGCGAGUACAGCUUGCGUGCCUUCUUGGAUGGGAAGAAUGAAGCGGAACGUUUCGUGUCGCUACGUUCGCAGCUUUCGUCGGCAAGGCUUACAGGACAAGGCUGCCUUCGGUCGGCAAAGUCGGAAGAUUGGCCGACGUGUAGUGAACCGUUGGCUCAACUCGAGGAACUAGUGAAUAAGCUCACAGUUGAGUUGAAAAGCGCUAUGGAGGUAAAAUAAAUCGAUGAAAGGAAGAGUCAUUUUUGCGUAUAUUAACAUUAAAAUAAAUUUAUGCCGCAUCGGCAGGCACUGAGGCGAG